AUGAGUAAAGAAAACUUACCUUGGGUGGAAAAAUACAGACCUGAUUCCUUGGAUGAAGUUUAUGGACAACAAGAAAUCGUCGAUACAGUACGGAAGUUUGUAGAAGAAGGGAAAUUACCUCAUUUACUUUUCUAUGGACCUCCAGGUACUGGGAAAACUUCUACCAUCAUAGCAUUAGCCAAAGAAAUCUAUGGACCUAAAUAUAAGAAUAUGGUAUUAGAAUUGAAUGCUUCUGAUGAUAGAGGGAUCGAUGUUGUAAGGAAUCAAAUCAAAGAUUUUGCCAGUACUAUGCAAAUUUUCAGUAAAGGAUUUAAACUCAUCAUCUUAGAUGAAGCUGAUGCCAUGACUUCAGUAGCACAAAACUCUUUGAGGAGAAUCAUUGAAAAGUACACAAAGAACACGAGGUUUUGUAUAUUAGCUAAUUAUUCUCAUAAAUUGAAUCCAGCAUUAUUAUCUCGUUGUACGAGAUUCAGAUUCCAGCCCAUUUCAGAAGAUGCCAUCAGAGAUAGAAUUAAGAACGUUAUUAUCAAGGAAAACCUUAAUAUCAAUGAACAAGCGGAAAAAGCGUUGUUAAAGUUAUCCCAAGGUGAUAUGAGAAGAGCUUUAAAUGUCUUACAAGCUUGUAAAGCAUCUUUAGAUAAUGACACUGAUGAAAUAGAUGAAGAAAUGAUCUUUAAUUGUAUUGGAGCUCCUCAACCUAAAGAUAUUGAAACUGUAUUGGAUUCGAUCUUAAAAGAUGAUUGGACUACAGCUUAUUUGACCUUAGAUAAGUUUAAGAAAUUGAAAGGUUUAGCAUUAAUUGAUUUAUUACAUGGAUUCAUUGAAAUCUUAAACAACUACGAAAUAACACCAAAGACAAAAAUCAUGAUUUUAAAAGGAUUAAGUGAUAUUGAAUAUGGAAUCUCCAAAGGAGGUAAUGAUAAAAUCAACUCCAGUGCUAUUAUUGGAGUUAUAAAAGAUGCUUUUGAAAGUAAAUAA